AUGACAUCGCGACAUCGACAUAGACGUAAUCCAUCCGGGGGUAGCAAUACCACGACACACACUACCGCAUCCACAGCUUCUACGACGGUACAGGCACCAAAUCCCACCAGGAUGGGCUCCUCGCAGCCUCCGUCAGCGCCAUCAGUGCGCAGGACACUUUUCAAUCCUAGAACUAAUCCAAGUCGGCGGCCAGCUUCCGCUACCCCAGCAGACAAUGGAUUGCCAACGGACAUAACCACGGGCAUGAGCGGAAAUUCAAAUCUUUUUGGGGGAAGCAAAAUAUCAAAAUCAAUACCCAAGAUUGGACCGGAUCUAUCGUCACCUUUAGAUAAUGGUGAUAUUGUUGACCGCGACAAGAAUGGAUGCUAUAAAGUGGACAUUCCAAUCCUACCGCCUGGACUGUUUGGGGAAGAGGUUGAUGGUGGUGACUCGAUGGAAGGUAUAGAGCAUUCUGGAGGUGUUGAGAUGGUAGUUGAAGAAGGGGGAGAGCUCGGUGGGAGGGACAAAGAAAAAAUUGAUGCGAGCUUUGCUGAAAUGAUGCGCCAUAACAGGAGUAGGCAUGUCAAUGGCGAACCCUCUGGUAAGUAG